AUGGGACGUUUUACACCAUCACCAUCUGUCUUCAAUACAACUAGUGAAAUAGAUGAAUACGUUUCGCAAACCUUUGGUACUGACAUAUCACCAGAUCGCAUUCAAUACUCAUGGUUUUCAAUCGCAAAUUUGUACUUUAAGGUUGGGGAUUAUUCCAAGACCGAAAAAUACCUACUUGAACUUUUGCGAUUACGAUCUUACGAUUACGAGGCAAACGACCUACUUGGUACCGUUUACAGAAGGCAAGGCAAGCUAGAGGCCGCUUUAGUUUUUUAUGAAAGAGCUUUGUGUGGCGAUAAUGCUCCCCAACAUCGUGCACUAGACGCGGCUGAACUCUGCAUACAGUUAGCAAGAAAAGCGAAAGAUGAAAUUGAAGUAAAAAAAUUUACUGAUAAGUCUUUAUUUUGGAUUGAAAGAGCUCGUCAAGUGAAUAAAAAAUACAUUCCUCGAGCUGUACAACUAUUGCAUCAAACAUAUGUAAUUAUAGUUCGAUAUGCAGAAAGACAAUCUGAUAGGCGUGGUUGCUUAAAACAUCGUGAUGGAAGUACACCAGUGACUAGCAUUCAGUGGAUUGAUGAUACAGUAAAAAACUUGUUAACAGUUGAAGAUACUUUUAUCGACCCUGCAUUUCAUAUCAUUCUUUCUAAAGCAUUAUUGAAACAGCUUGAUCAUCAACGUGUAUGGAAACAUGUGUUACAACGGCGUUAUAACUUCGCUGAUAGUUUAGAGUGGAAUCUCUUUGUCAAGACUAAUUUUCCAAAACUAAGAAAAUUAGCCAUUAUUGACAGUGCAAAGGAACUAUUACACGAAUCAACAGAGUUAAUAUUUUUCGCUUGUGAUAAUGUUACCAGGCUAUCAUUAAAAUUAAAACCACGAGACGAAUCAGGUAAACUUGUGAAGGAAUUUUCGGAUUUUAUAAAGACGUGGGAUACAUCUCCAUCUCAAAAUCAUCAAGUAGUUGAAAAAUUGACCCGUUAUCGACAGGAAUAUCAAUCUCGAAGUUUACGGCACGAUGGAUAUUUCCAACUUAAACUUGCAUCUUCUGACCUAAGUCAGUUCAAACUUUUAACUUCUAGGAUAACACAAAAAAAUCAAGAACAUCUUUGUGCUGCCUAUCUAAAAUUCAAAACAUGUUUAAAUUUUCGUCGUGAGACUUUUCGUGACUCUAAUCGUCCCAUUACCCAUUUUAUUUAUCUAAUGUGUCAACGAUUAAGUGAUGUUUCUCAUCAAUUAUUGGUUCUACUACAUUGUUUUGAUUAUGAUUGGUUGAAUAAAAGUGAUUCCACAACGCAUGUAUUCUCCCAAUAUGAAGAUGAUGUCAAACAAAAUUUUGUUUUACCUAGUUAUGAUGGUCUCCUUUUGGUGUUGGAACAAAAUGUUGGUAACAAUCGGCUGACAGAAUUAAGUACUCUGAAAUGGUUCGUUCGAAUGGCAAAUCAGAUUGAUAAGAUAGCAUUCUGUGCCCCAUAUGAUUUAGAUCGUUUUUUGGCUGUUUCUGCUUGGUAUAUGGAAAGUGGUGUAUUACGAGAAUGGUUACGAUAUAUCUUUCCGAGAUUACAAAAUUAUUCUGAGAUUCCAGAACCCGAAGAACACCAUGAUACACCAUCGUCAAUUCAAACUUUAUCAUCAUUAUUUGCAAAUAAACUGAAUCUGGAUCAAAUGGGAACUGGAUUGGCUGGCUUUUUGUCAAAACAAGAAAAAAUAAAAAAGAAUUUAAUAAUUGAGAUACCAACUUUGACAGACAUUGAACUUUUUCUUCUAAUUCUACUUAUCCAAAGGCAUUACCAUUGUGUUGUAAAUCAAGGGGCGGAAUCUUUAGGUCAGAUAUUAUAUUUAUCAUCACAGGAAUGUUGGAAAUCACGUGAAAGUCAAGUAAAAUUUUGGCGAACAUUGUUAUCGUGGUAUGGCAAGAUUGAUCCAGAUAAAAGAAUAUAUCCAAGUGAUUUAAUGUCUAAUGAAGAGUUCUCUCAAUGUAUCAAAGAGAUUAGAGGUGAUAUCAACCUAAAUGAUGAUGACUAUAAUGAUCAGAUUGAGCUAAAAAGUGACUACAAGUCAAAGACAAGAUACCAACGUCUCGAUACGAAGGUAUUGAUUACAGUGUUUUAUAAGAAUACUCUUUUCCAAACAAAGGGACAAAAUGCCGGACGCCCAUAUAAAUUUGCACUAGCAUCUACAGAAUUAGUAACACACGACCAAUGGGUAGAGCAGAACCACGUUAAAGAACUAGUAGCAAAAGGCAUCACGGAUGUUUUAUUGCAAGAAAUAAAAACCGAUAUACUUCGUCAGGUUUAUAAAGGUCCAUUCGGAUCCUCUUUGGUGUAUCCGGAUAACAAUCCGAAUUUUGGUAAAUCCGAUUUCAAUUAUUAA